AUGACAACCAGAUCAGGCAAGACAUUGAUGGCAACUCCGAGGACGACUCGACCUUCGCAGCUCUCACGCACGCCGCUCAACGACGUCGUUCAGAACGGUACCACCCAAGAGCCCAAGGACCUCGCGUCUAAUCUCCGAUCGGUCGCAAAGGAGGGGUCGGAGUUCGAUAUCGAAAGCCUUUUCACACCGCCGAAGGAGAUCGUCACUAUGCAGGCAGCAACAGCGGCAGCGGCGGCGAACACGGCCGACCUGCACAUGGACGUCGUCACUGGUGGUGACGGCCGACCUUUGCAACCGGGUGGGAACUCUCUGGGGAACAUUGGUGCUUACGAUGAACAUGAUGACGACGAGGAUGAGGAAGAGGCCCAAGAGGAAGAGGAGGAGGAGGAGGAAGAGGAAGAAGAGGAAGAGGAAGAGGAGGAGGAGGAGGAAGAGGAAGAGGACGAGGACGAGGACGAAGACGAAGAAAUGGACAGCCGGUCCGACGGCGAGAGGGAUGCACUACGCUACGAGAUGCAUCAGCUCGAGACGAUGGUCCCGCACCUCAAGGACAAGUACAAGCUCAUCGACCGACUUGGGGAAGGUAUAUCUGGGUGACAUCGAACACCUUUCUGACCGUGGACAUGAGAAGCUGAUGCGCAAGUCUCGGCUGGGCAGGCACCUUUUCAUCCGUGUACAAGGCGAUCGACCUCAGGCACGACGAGUACGACAACUCGAGCUGGGAAGCCUCUGACAAGCAUGGUCGUCCGUCCUGUGAAGGCCCAAAUGGACAGGUCUACGUAGCCAUCAAGCGCAUCUACGUCACAAGCUCGCCGGUACGCAUCCAGAACGAGCUCGACAUCCUCAACGUGCUCAGGUCAGUUGCCGGAUAAGUGUCCCGCGCUCGGUGUCCUGAUGAACCUUUUGGGAUCACGAGCAGGGGAAAGGACAACAUCGCCUACUUGAUUGACGCCAUGCGACACGACGAUCAAGUCAUCGCGAUCAUGCCCUUUAGUCGUCAUCAAGACUUUCGAGUAGGUGUCGCCCUCGAAUGCUUUUCGUAGGAGGGGAGACCGAGCUGACAUGAGCACGCGCGUGUACUCGCCCGCAGACAUACUAUCGAACGGCCUCAAUCCCACUGAUGCGCUCCUACUUUGCUUGCCUCUUCCGAGCUCUCGCCGGCACCCAUGUCCACCACAUCAUCCACCGUGAUGUCAAGCCCGCCAACUUCCUCUUUGACGUCACCAAAGGGACCGGGGUGCUCUGCGAUUAUGGGCUCGCGCAAAAGAUCGGCGGUGAUGAGUGGUAUGAGUGGAAGUCGGAAUGCUUGCAUUCACUGCCGGGUCCGAGUUGGGGUGGUCUUGAUGGGCGACACAGUAGCAGGGAAAUGAUGGAAAAGCUCGCACCUGGGGUCGCACCGGGGUUGAAUGCGGGUCUGCACGGCGUGAGGAUGCCGCGGCCGGUUAACUUGCACGACCAAGUCACCAAAUCGCAACAGGACUGGAAGGAAUGGAGCAAAGCCUAUCGGGCCAAAAUCGUGGAAGACCCCAUCAUCGGCGGACAGAUGAGGACCGAGGCUCUACGCCGUCAGCCGUGGUGGGCACCCGAGUCUUGGGUCGAGGAUCUGAGGCUCAAGGCCAAGGAAAGGGUCGGGUUCUACAAGGGGUGGAGAUCGGCGUUGCAGAGUGCACCGAUGCCAAAGGACAGGAUCGGGUUCUUGAAGGAGGAUAGAAGGUGGGUUCAGAGUCCUGCUUAAAGGGCGAUGAUAUGCCAGUUCUGACCAGUCUAUCUGAGCUUACAGACCGAGCGUUCGAGCAAAUCGAGCUGGGACGAGGGGGUUCCGAGCCCCCGAGGUGCUGCUCAAAUGCCCCGAUCAGACCGUUGGUGAGUGGCCGCGAUUCUAACCAAUCGCCUUGUCUUGGAUCUCACACCAAAAGAUUGCGCAUCUGUGCAGCUUUGGACAUUUGGUCCGCGGGUAUCAUCCUGCUGUGCUUCCUCACGCGUCGCUUCCCCUUCUUCAACUCGAGUGACGACACCGAAGCGCUCGCCGAGAUCGGCACCAUCUUCGGCAAACGCAAGAUGGAGCGCUGCGCCGCAUUACACAACCGCACCUUCGUCACCAACAUCCCUCACCUCGAAUCACCACCGCAUCCGAACCUACACGCGUUAGUCAAGAGUUUGAACCCCGUCAUCUUUGUCGAGAACUCGCCGACCCCGUAUGGGCCGAUCCCGAGUAGCGAGGGGGACGAUCAGAAGUGGUAUACCGAUAGUCCGCUGUACCAUGCCGUCGAUCUGAUGAAGAGGUGCCUAGAGUGAGUCAAAGUCAACUUUCCUUUUCGAGGGUGUCUGUGCUGACGUGUUCUUGCGCGUGAUCUUCUCAGACUCGACUGCACCAAACGAUGGACCGCCGAGGAAUGUCUCGAGCACCCCUUUUUCGACGGAGCUUUCGAUUCGGGUAUGGGUGUCCUUUGCGAGCGCGAUGAGCGGUUUUGGUAA